AUCAGGUAGCUCACAGGAACAGCAUUCAGCAGCUGUGGUCUCCCACGGCCGGUUUCCUGUGUGUGAGAAGCUUUCUCCUCGGCUCUCCCGCUUCACGUUUCGUAACUGUCCUACUUAACUUGCCACAGAGAAAAACAAGCCUGUUACACGGCGGUCAGAGGAGCUAGGUUCAACUCAACGUGCCCAGUGUGAGCUUGGUACCUGCACAGGUGACAGAAACUCUCCAGCGGCUUGCACGGUGCUGUCUUGCUAAUGGCUGGAGCUGUGGAGCUCGGCUCGGUGUCCACGGGGCUCCGGGCCAUGUUUUCCAUGCUCACACCGAACGAAUCAUCAUUUCAGAAAGUGGAAGAUGUUCCUCAGUAUGUGGAGCAGGCCACUCCUUUCUUUAUAGGGCUGAUGGUGCUGGAACUGGUGGUGGGCAUGUUGAAGACAGGAUUCUCAGUGGUGACCAUCAGUGAUGGAUUCACCUCCAUAUCAGCUGGAAUGAUCUCCAGACUCCCACUGUUGUUGUUGAGGAGAGGCUGCGAGCUGACUGCUUACAUGUUUGUGUGGGACCGGUACCACCUGGCAGAGCUGCCCUGGAACUCCGCCUGGACCUGGUGGUUUACCUUCCUGGGUGUGGACUUCUGCUACUACUGGGUCCACCGCUUCGCUCACGAGGUGUCCAUCCUUUGGGCUUCUCACCAGGUUCACCACAGUUCAGAGUACUACAACCUCACCACCGCCCUCAGACAGUCUGUCACCCAGCAGUUCACGUCCUGGAUCUUCUACCUGCCUUUGGCCCUGGUUGCACCUCCUUCAAUCUUUGCUGUUCACAUCCAGUUAAACCUUCUCUACCAGUUCUGGAUCCACACAGAGCUGAUCAAAGACCUUGGACCUCUGGAGUGGGUCUUCAACACCCCGAAACAUCACAGAGUUCAUCACGGGAGGAACCUUUACUGCAUUGAUAAGAAUUACGGAGGAAUUCUUAUCAUAUGGGACCGAUUAUUUGGUACCUUUGCUCCAGAGGCAGAAAAAGUGGUCUACGGCCUUGUGUUCCCUGUCAAAACCUUUGAAAUCCUCCGUGUUCAGUUACACUAUUAUUGCUAUUUGUGGAGAAAGUCCAAGACCUACAAGAAAAUCAACAACAAAGUGUCAACUUUCCUCAAAGGUCCAAGUUGGAGACCCGGUAAACCUCGGCUAGGUGACCACGCCAACAACCCCAAGGUUACCGGAAAGGAAGUGCCUCACAAUCCCAGCUGGCCGCUGCCUUUACAAGCUUAUGUCGUCGUACAUUUCCUGCUGGUGCUGCGGACAUACCAUGAAUUGUUUGAAAACAAGAUGGUGCUGUCCCAGUUAACCAUGCUGGGGAUGACCGGCUACGUCCUGCUCACUCUCACGGCGCUGGGCUACAUCAUGGAUCAGAGGCCAACAGCGGCUGUCCUGGAGACGCUACGCUGUGUCGUCCUGAUGACAAUGCAGAGGUACGCUGACAUGAAGCCGCUGCCGCAUUACCUGGCUGUUCCCGCUGAGUGCAGGCUACAGCAUCUUGACCGAAGUGAACUGGAAAAUGUCUCCAGCUGCCAGGAUCCGUGAGCAGUUGGGGGUUACAAGUUUGGACAGACUUCAGAUCCAAGACUGAAAAAUUGGGAAUAGCACAGACCGAUCCACAGCAAGCUUUUCUCCCUGCUGCCCUCCUACAAAGGUACAACAAGCCGCCACACUGACGUACUUCUCAGGGGAGGAUAUGGAUGCGCUGAUCGGACCCUUCAGUCUCCUGAAACACAUCAAGGUACUGGCCCAUAAGGCGUAUUGCAGUCUGAGCCCCAAACCUGGAAUCAAACUCCUCCUCUCCACGUGUCGAGGUGCCCUUGAGCAAGACACUGAACCCCAGCUGCUCCCAGUGGUGAGGCCACUGCUGUCAAGGUUGAAACUGUGUGUAAACAAGAGAAAUACAUUUUUAACUGGUUCAUUUGACAAGUAUUCACCCUGACUUAAUGCUGAAAACCUUGACUUCUGAUUCUCCAAGGCUUUGAGUUUAGGUGCACAGACAUUUGGAAGUUAUCUGUCAUAGGAAUCAGUUUUAUAUUUGUCUGAACAUCUGCUGCUCCUGGACACAGAAGUCAUUUUAUUUGAGAAGCAAUGAUUUUAGCUCCUGAGGUCGCAUCCUCGUGCUGCCUUAUGUCCUCUCUGCUUGUUGCUGAACCUUAUAUUCAACCUAACAGCUCGAGAUUUUAUUCCCCCUGUGAGACGUAGCAUCCGUUUGCUGCCUUAUGGCCACUGUGUCUGCCUCCUCAGUCUUAUGUGAUGAAUUGUUAUCUUUGGAGCUAGUUUUUGUUCUUAAAUUAGUUUAUCUGAUCCUGUUUUAGAUUUUGCGUUUCUGUGUCUCAGUCAAACGAACUUUAAUUGGGCAGUAGAUCUUCAUUUAGUGUGUUUGCUGUUGUGCUAACACCUCGGAUCAAGCUGGCGAGCUGAUUACAUCCAUGCUUGUGUUGCAUUGCUAAUUGGCGGUGUUGAUUACUGCCUGUUUGGACUUCCAUCCCCAUGUGGCAGUAACACGACUGGCUUUAAGAACAGCUGGCUCCAAACUCAGCAGUAGGUGUAUGAAACAGAGGCUGCUAUGAUUUUUAUAAAUAUCAGUGGGUGGAAGAAAUCGGGCCAAAGACACGCCUCUUGCAUACCCUCAGAGACUCAUUCGUCUGUACUUGUUCCUCAUGUAAAUACAAACAGGGGCUUGAUUUUAGAAAAGCAAACACAUCUUCCUGUCCACUCCACCCUCUUUUUGUUUGUCUUUCAGACCCCCUCCAGGAUGGGGGUUUCAUUUUCUUAGAAUGGAGAUGGUAUGACCCACCCAACUCUGCGUCUGAUUGGCUUACUGUGAUAUGCUUGCCCUAAUGCUAACCAGUCAUCAGUCUUCACGCCUAAACCUGACCAAUCCAACCAAAAGAAGAUGUCGACGAUGAGCCAGUCAGAGGGACGGUCGCGUGGGUCAUUGCGUCGCCAUCCUAGAGAAGAAUAGUGGCCUCCUGUCCCUGCUGCUCUGCUUUCCACGUUUCUGCAGACUAGUGUGCUCUUCACCAACAGGUCUGACAGUGUGGCGACCCAGAGAACUGUAGUUAAUGAUGAGGUGAGGACUUAUUACUCUUAUUGAGGCUGAAGUGGUGCCAAGCUGCUGCGGUCUGAAGAGAAUUAAACAGAUGUGAAAAGAGUCGCUCUCAGGGAUUUGUCUCAUGUUUUCUGUGAGGCAUAAUGGUCUGGAUGAGUCGUUGUUGACCUUACACGUGACCUUCGAGACACACACACACAGAAAAGUGAACAAAUGCCAGAUGUGAAAAGGAAAACAUCUAAACAACUGUAUCAUUCUAAAUUGGCGUAACAUCAGACCACUUUGUGUUUUGCUGCACUUUCCCCAUUCAGCAACUGCCAUUUCACGUGUGUUUUGUCUGGCUGUACUUUCCGUGUGUGUGUGUGUGUGUGUGUGUGUGUGUGUGAGACAGUGGUAUGUCUCAUGGCUGUGCUGCAGAGCAGGCACUACACUGACUCUCUGGUGGCACAUUAAUCUGCUCAGCGUAUCCUUCCUGAGUCUGGUCAAACAGCCCGAGCACAGAGGCCGUAUAUCUGCACAUAAUGAACAGACAGGAAGUCCUCUUUGUGUGUGGGUGCACAUGCAUGCUUGGACAUGUGUGUGCAUGACAUGUCGUGCUCUUGCACUCUUUAAAUUUUAAUUUAAAUAAGGCUCACACGUUUUAGUUUUUACAUUUCAACUGUGUUCUCGCAUGUCUCUACAACCAGAAGGCUGCUAGAAAACCAAAAUGCGUAAGACACUUGGGAAUGAAACAGUCUUAACAGAUAUUUUCUGUGGUUUAUUUUCACCAAUUUAUCAACGUCCUGAUGCAACAAACUCCACCCACUCAGACUCUCUGUUGAAACAAAAAUUCAGGAUUUUUUUUCCGAUACAGUUCAGUCCAGGUCUGGUGGACUGUAGGCAGCCAUAUGGAGAGGGAGCUCUGGAAACAUCCCAUUACAGGUCAUACAUCACACGUCUGACAGCAGCCAUUCUGCCUUGUUUUCAUUUCAAUCACGGGUGCAGCUGCGUUCGAGAACUCUGCCGUUUUAACCCACUGAAGGCAGGAACACGGUCACACCCGAAUGCACCUUGAGGUGUUUAAUGUAUCUGCUUGAUGCUUUAUAUCCAUCAGCCGCACACAGAAUGACUCAGUGCAGGGUUGAGUGGUGUUGUUCUGAAGGUCACCCAAGAUGUUUUUGUGCUGGAGCUGCGGAUGGACAUUAUUUGAUAUUUUUAUGUUUGAUUUGUUUUUUAAGAACUGAGCGUUUCAUUAGCCUGCUGAUUUGGAACAGUGUUGACACCAUACUUACUUUAAACUACUAUUUUUACAUUUAACUGUGUUUAUUUUGGCAUUUAGGACAACUUUGCUGUUCUUACGUCUGCAGCAAGUGGACAAGCUAACAUUGGUUACAGGGACGGA